ACUGAGUGUGACCCCUCCCCUGCUAUUUUUUCUAUAAAUAUUUUCCUUCCGUUGCUUCAUACUUAUUUUAGAUUUUAGACUCCUGUUUUCAACCAACUUUGUAUUCAUCAAGAGCAGCAGUGACAAAUGGGUCAUAAAGAAGAGCCGAAGAAUGAGAAAAACGACGGUCUCGCUUCUGUCGUUUUGAAACUUGACUUACAUUGCGAAGGAUGCGUCAAGAAAAUAAAACGCGCCGUUCUCCAUUUCGAUGGUGUGGAAGACGUUAAAGCGGAUACGUCCGGUAACAAACUAACCGUUAUUGGAAAAGUGGACCCCACCAAGUUGCGUGAUAAAUUGGCUGAGAAAACUAAGAAGGAAGUUGAAAUCGUUUCCCCUCAAAACAAAAAAGACGUUACCGGUGAUAAACUGCCGGAGAAGAAGAAACAUGAGGAGGAGGAGAAGAAACCUGAUGACGAAAAAUCUGAACAAAAAUCUCCUAAACAGUCGGUUCAAAGCACGGUCGUUUUGAAGAUAAGAUUACACUGUGAAGGUUGUAUUCCAAAAAUUGAGAAGAUUAUCCUCAAAACCAAAGGAGUUGAAUCGCUGAACAUUGAUGGAGACAAGGAUUUGGUAACGGUAAAAGGAACAAUAGACGCAAAGGAAAUUGUACCUUAUCUGAGGGAGAAGCUGAAAAGGAAGGUGGAGGUGGUUGAACCAAAGAAAGAGGAUGGUAACAAUAAAGAGAAAGAUGCAGGGAAGGAACAUAAAUUAAAAGAAGGGGGUGAAAAAGUAAUUAAAGAGGGUGCACCGAAGGUAGAGGUUAACAAAAUGGAGCAUCAUGGAUACGGACAUCAAACUCCUAUGUAUUGGUAUGAUGGAUUUGAACCGGGUCAAAGUAGUAGCAACUACCCGGUGGAAGUUCAGGGAGGGAAUUUGAAUCAAGAAGGGUAUAAUUAUAAUUAUAUGAACCAACAUCAACAUGGGUAUGAUUAUAAUUAUAUGAAUCAAGGUCAAGAAGGGUAUAUGGUAGACCCUCACCAGCAUCAACAACCUCCAUUCUAUAUGCAUCCACAUGAUCCUCCUCCACAAAUGUUCAGCGAUGAAAACCCAAAUGCUUGUUCCAUGAUGUAACCAUUUUACAAUUCAGAAGAGAUUGAGACUGAUAUAUUUUUGUUUGAUGUUACACGUGCAAGUUGUAAAUAACAUUAACUACUAGUUUAUUUAUUUUGAUUAAUUUAGGAUAAUGUUUUUAUGUGAUUGUAUGUAAUUGUGCUAUUAACGCAUGGUUAGUGACGUAGAUGGGCGGUACGGCCUGCUGGCUGGAGAAUCCGAUUCAGAUGAUGACUUGGAGAAAAAGACAAAAAUGGAGUAGCUGGUCUUUUGUUUGCGUGUGUCUUUGAUUUGUUUAUGUAGUGUAAGGUACAUUUAUAAAAAUCAAUGUAGUCUUUGUUUAUGUAGUGGUAGUAUUUUAAAAACCGAUAUAGAAAGUCACUUUCCUAA